UCCCCCGAGUCAGAGCUUAGUCCCAACGCUGAAAUCAUGUGCACGAGAGAGGAAUGUGGCAUUUGCUUCCUGCCUUACAAUUGGAAUCGGCGCUGCCCGCGAACACUGCGCUGUCGCCAUACGUUCUGCGAGCGCUGUCUACUCACUCUAGCGGGCUGCGGCGUCGAUGAUGACACGCAGAAUUUCAUAAUCCUUUGCCCGCUGUGCCGGGGCACCACGAGUGGUUCAUCUCCACUGCGCAGGGCACUGCGACUCGAUGAAGAGGUCCUGGAGCGUAUGGAGUCGGCUGGAGGUGUACUGGAGGAGUCUGACGAGCCAGAAAUUGAGCACAGCACAGUUUCAGCCUCUGAUGACAGCACAAGCGGACCCAGAAUUGUGAGGGUCUUCAGGCGGCUUUGGAGGAAGUGCCGUACGAAGAGCCGAUCAUCACCCAUGUACACGUCGGCUGACUUCAGGGACCUGGCGUUCAUGAGCUGCUAUUCCCUCAUGUGACGAGAAGACACACGGCCUUCAUGAAGCGGCAGUUCAAAGAAACAAAGAGAGAGUGCAGCUGAGUCCUUCGACGACUGUUUCAUCGAUGUAUUUAUUUAUUUAUUGUUCAUGUGUUUUGAGCCCUGUUUUAAUCAACUUGUUUAAUUUUAUACUUGCAUUUUAAGCUGUUCCUAUUUAGUUAGAUGUGUAACCAAUGUGGAUGUAUUUUAAAGAAUAUUUAUGUAGAAAGCCACAUAUAAAAGCAGUCUGUAUAUAGUUUUUGUAUUCUUACAUUUUAAAGCACUAUUUUGUACUUCUUCGGUUCUAAAACAAAUUUAAAUAGGGAAGUAAAGCCACUGCCUUUGUCUUUUUUUAUAAAAUAAAAUUAAGCGCAUGCUUUUGGAAAUUAGUUGCAUUUUUUCCUAGUCUGUGAUGUGGGUUGAGGUCUAUUAAGGUGACGUGUGAUAAAAAAUAUUUUGAAAACAUGACAAGUUGUGAGGAAUGGGAAUUGAAAAGGACUGACUGGGGAGCAUGGGGGCCUCAUUUAUAAAACUUUACAUGGAUUUAAGUGUGAAAAUAUGCACACGGCAAAACAAAAAAAAAAUCCAAUGUAUAAAACCUGGAAUGCGCACAUUUUGAAACAAUUAACCUUUUUAUAAAUCAGAAUCCUCUUGUAAAUAUGCGUACGUGAGCACAACUCAAACGUCGCCCUGAAACAUCCGUAUAUGGAGUACGCUAAUCAGCCUCCUACAUCUGCAAUCGCGAUCCUGCAGAACUACACUGACUAGUAGGACAGCCUCCCACCUGACACGUCGAGACCCCACCACCACUGCAACUGAGAG